UCGAACUCUUUUCGCCUCGUUUUUGCACUCUCUAAACGCAACUUGAAGUUUUCUAUUUCUGUAUUCAUCACAUCGACAGUUUCCAUCGACACUAGAGCUACAGAAAAAGUUUGACUUUAGUAAUGAAUUCCUUCUCGCCAUCUCAACCGAUACUCAAACACAAAGGCAGACCGAAGAGCAAACUACUGAAGGCAUCGAAAUGGUGGAUCAUCAAGUAUCUCGGAACAGUCGAAGCCGUCAAAGACUGGCGAGCUCCAGGCAGCAGACUAGAGCUAAUGGCAUUCGUCAGGAGUGCACAGGCGGCCACGAAGGCGUCGGCGUCGGCAAAGACGCACACAGCAAAACGUCUGUGGAUCUCAUUGGAAUGGCUGCACGUUACGGAUCAAUUCAAAAAGAAGUUGUAUGCCCUCUCGAGAACUGAGGAGAUUGGAAGCUUUUGUCAUGCUUCUGAUGAUGAUGGUAAUCAUUACCUUCUCAUCAAGGUGGUGAAUCCUAAGACAAGUAACAAUGACUGCAUUAUACUGGCAACACAUGAUAUUGUUACCAUCAGACACAUUUGCCAAGUUCUCAAAGUAGCAGUCGAGAGUUCACUGGAAAAGACGAGGGCAAAGGUGAAACAUUUGAUGAGUCUCAAGCAGGGACAUAGUCGACAUGAGUAUGAGGAGAUUGAAUUAUAUGGUGACACAAGCAACACACUUACAAAUACAUCCUCAUCACUUCCUCAUUCCACUCUGCAGUUUCUAGAGGAUGAAGCUAAAAAUAAGAAAUAUGAUAUUCCUAGACAGAAUUCAUCUUCCAGUUCCAAGUCUUCAUUUGAUGAUAACUGGAUGUCAGAUGCAUGUUCAUCACCGAUUCCUGGUUUUGAUUAUGAUAUCGCUGACAUUGAUGAUGAUAGUCAAGAUGGUGAUGGUUUGGCUCAUUACGAUCAUCCACUAUCAUUGAAUAGACGGAGUUAUGACACUUUGACAAGGUCAUCUCCACAGCCUCACUUUCAUUACAAAGUCCCUCGUCUUCUCAGUAUUGACCAAACAUCACACGAGCACGUGACAUAUGAAAGUCCCGAACCCGAAGUAAUACACUCACAACCUGAAGUAAGACACUCACAGCCUGAUGUAAUACACUCACAUCUCGAUGCCGACAAUGAACCGGAUGCAGCUAUAUAUGACAACGACAGAGUGCUCACAAUUAUCAGAAGAGAAUGUCUGUCUAGAGAACCAAUUGAGGAAAAGUUGCAGCAUGAUUCUGGUCAUGAGGAAGUACAUGACAGUCCAGUAGUAUAUGAGCCUCUGCGUGUUGCUCAUCCAAUCCACAAGUUUGAACAGAUGUCCAGCAGCCAAGAAGACGACUCUGGCUUGGAAGACAAUGACUCUGUUGAGAUCCAAAUCAAAGCAGAUAUACACAGUGAACCGACAGAAUUCAGUAAGAUGGUACAACACUUUGCAGCAGGAGAUGACGAGGAUCUAUAUGCUAUUAUUGAAAAGUCAGGACAGAAGACAGUUGACACACCUCGCAAUAAAACCUAUGAAGAAGAGCGACAAGAAUUUAUGCAAGAGGUGGAGCAGAUGGUCCCCCCUCUUCAAUUCAUGGAAUUUCAAGAUAUCGUCUAUCUCUACGACCAUGGAGAAGCUGAUCUAAACGCCAUGGUGAAAAGAGCAAGAGUUCUCUUCCGUGAAGAAAGGAAGCAUUUGAGACGAGAAAUGGUGAAGGUAAUCAGAUUAGAGCAAAGGCAAGCGUUUCUGGACGAACUGGAGAGACAACUGAACUAUACAGGAAGUGACAAUCUGUUGUCAUCACUAAAGAAAAGAAAACACAGCAACCCACGACGACGUGUCCGAUUUGGCACAGUCCGUUCAGACACAGACCUCAUAUUCGGCAGGACCACAUCCAUGGAGUCACUCACAUCAGACAUCUCACCAAUAAUCGAUAACUGGAGCUCCAAAGUAAUGGAAGAACUAACCAUGAAACUGAAGAGAAACUUGAGAACAGACACGACAAGACAAAACUCCUCGACCAGACCAAUGUCAUCAUAAAAUUCAUUAAUAUUAAUAAUUCUGUACAUAAGGCUAGUUGAUAUUAACAAAUGAGACUAUGAUCC